CCUAGGGCGCCCAGCGCUGACGCGAUUCUAACGCGACCCCGGAAGCGCGCGGCGGGCCGUGGGUGGGUGCAGGUGGCGGUCCCGGAGGCGGCCCCGUGAGGGCUGAGCUGCCCCUCCCAGGAACCGAGCGGGGUGGGCUCGGUCCCACGCGCACCAUGGUCGAGUGCCUAGGCCUGUCUGUGAGCGCGGGCCUAGCGUGGAUGGGAUGAGCACUACACAGCUCCAAGUUACGGGAUUGAAACUCUUGGAAUAAACCCAGGGCAGCCCUGGGGCUGUGUUGAUUGCUUGUCUCCCUCCCUCCCAGCAUUUACAGAAAAGACGCAUUUAUAGGAAGGACGUACGGGCAGGUCCAGCAGAGCCCUUGCAAGCAUUUCAGCCUUUUAGAAAUCAGGUUUCUUGCACGUCUGACAUGGAUGGACCCAGCUAGAUGUCUUGCCAAGGCUCCUGUGGCCCCACUCAGAAGCCAUGCAGCACAAAAGGACCAAAAGGACAGCUAGAUUUCAUCUGGCACCCAACCAAUCAGCACUCUCCAUACCUCAGCCCCCUGCUCACCAAACUACCUUUGAAAAACCCCUAACCUGUAAGCCUUCAGUUGUAACCGAGCAGCUCAGCAGCUGUGAAUCCAAAAUACCUGAGACAGGUCUGAAUCAGCUUAGAAAGUUUAUUUCGUCGAAGUUAAGGACGAGCCCAUGACACAGCCUCAGGGGAUCCUGACAACACAUGCCCAAGGUGACUGGGGCACAGCUUGCUUUCAUACAUUUUUAGGGAGACAUGAGACAUCAAUCAAUAUGUGUAAGAUGGAAAAAGAAGAGAAAAAGAAAAAAGCAACCACCCCGUGUGUUUCUAGAACCCCCAGUGUAGCAAGCUGGAGGGAGGACUGUCCUGAGGGCAGCAGGCCUGGUUGCAGCUGGCGUGGAGGUCCCAGGAUGGAGCCCUCGGCCCUGAGGAAAGCUGGCUCCGAGCAGGAGGAGGGCUUUGUGGGGCCGCCCAGGAGGGUCGCUGACCUGGGGAUGGUCUCCAAUCUCCGGCGCAGCAACAGCAGCCUCUUCAAGGGCUGGAGGCCGCAGUGCCCCUUUGGCAACGACAAGCAAGAAAGCCUCAGUUCAUGGAUUCCUGAAAACAUCAAGAAGAAAGAAUGCGUGUAUUUUGUGGAAAGUUCCAAACUGUCUGAUGCUGGGAAGGUGGUGUGUCAGUGUGGCUACACGCGUGAGCAGCACCUGGAGGAGGCUACCAAGCCCGACACCUUCCAGGGCACACAGUGGGACCCAAAGAAACAUGUCCAGGAGAUGCCAACAGAUGCCUUCGGUGACAUCGUCUUCACAGGCCUGAGCCAGGAGGUGAAGAAGUAUGUUAGAGUCUCCCAGGACACGCCCUCCAGCACGAUCUACCACCUCAUGACCCAGCACUGGGGUCUGGACGUCCCCAACCUCCUGAUCUCAGUGACCGGGGGGGCCAAGAACUUCAACAUGAAGCCGCGGCUGAAGAGCAUUUUCCGCAGAGGCCUGGUCAAGGUGGCUCAGACCACAGGGGCCUGGAUCAUCACGGGGGGGUCCCACGCCGGCGUCAUGAAGCAGGUGGGCGAGGCGGUGCGGGACUUCAGCCUGAGCAGCAGCUACAAGGAAGGUGAGGUCAUCACCAUCGGAGUCGCCACCUGGGGCACCGUCCACCGCCGGGAGGGCCUGAUCCAUCCCACGGGCAGCUUCCCUGCUGAGUACAUACUGGAUGAGGACGGCCAAGGGAACCUGACCUGCCUAGACAGCAACCACUCUCACUUCAUCCUCGUGGACGACGGGACCCACGGCCAGUAUGGGGUGGAGAUUCCUCUGAGGACCAGGCUGGAGAAGUUCAUAUCGGAGCAGACCAAGGAAAGAGGAGGUGUGGCCAUCAAGAUCCCCAUCGUGUGUGUGGUGCUGGAGGGCGGCCCGGGCACGUUGCAGACCAUCUACAACGCCACCACCAACGGCACUCCUUGUGUGGUCGUGGAGGGCUCGGGCCGUGUGGCCGAUGUCAUUGCCCAGGUGGCCAACCUGCCUGUCUCGGACAUCACCGUCUCCCUGAUCCAGCAGAAACUGAGCGUGUUCUUCCAGGAGAUGUUUGAGACCUUCACGGAAAGCAGGAUUGUCGAGUGGACCAAAAAGAUCCAAGAUAUUGUCCGGAGGCGGCAGCUGCUGACUGUCUUCCGGGAAGGCAAGGAUGGUCAGCAGGAUGUGGAUGUGGCCAUCCUGCAGGCCUUGCUGAAAGCCUCCCGGAGCCAAGACCACUUUGGCCAUGAGAACUGGGACCACCAGCUGAAAUUGGCAGUGGCAUGGAAUCGCGUGGACAUUGCCCGCAGUGAGAUCUUCACGGAUGAGUGGCAGUGGAAGCCUUCAGAUCUGCACCCUAUGAUGACGGCUGCCCUCAUCUCCAACAAGCCUGAGUUCGUGAAGCUCUUCCUGGAGAACGGGGUGCAGCUGAAGGAGUUCGUCACCUGGGAUACCUUGCUUUAUCUGUAUGAGAACCUGGAGCCCUCCUGCCUGUUCCACAGCAAGCUGCAGAAGGUGCUGGCGGAAGAGCCCGAGCGCCUGGCUUGCACACCUGCUGCACCCCGCCUGCAGAUGCACCACGUGGCCCAGGUGCUGCGGGAGCUGCUGGGGGACUUCACACAGCCGCUCUACCCCUGGCCCCAGCACAGCGACCGGCCUCGGCUCCUGCUGCCUGUGCCCCACAUCAAGCUCAACGUGCAGGGAGUGAGCCUCCGGUCCCUCUACAAGCGUUCCUCAGGCCAUGUGACCUUCACCAUGGACCCCGUCCGUGACCUUCUCAUUUGGGCCAUCGUCCAGAACCGUCGGGAGCUGGCAGGAAUCAUCUGGGCUCAGAGCCAGGACUGCAUCGCAGGGGCCUUGGCCUGCAGCAAGAUCCUGAAGGAGCUGUCCAAGGAGGAGGAGGACACAGACAGCUCAGAGGAGAUGCUGGCACUGGCAGAGGAGUGUGAGCACAGAGCCAUCGGGGUCUUCACUGAAUGUUACCGGAAGGACGAAGAGAGAGCCCAGAAACUGCUCGUCCGCGUGUCCGAGGCCUGGGGGAAGACCACCUGCCUGCAGCUCGCCCUGGAGGCCAAGGACAUGAAGUUUGUGUCUCACGGAGGCGUCCAGGCCUUCCUGACCAAGGUGUGGUGGGGCCAGCUCUGCGUGGACAACGGGCUGUGGCGUGUGACCCUGUGCAUGCUGGCCUUCCCGCUGCUCCUCACCGGCCUCAUCUCCUUCAGAGAGAAGAGGCUGCAGGGGGUAAGCAGCCCCGUGGCCCGCGCCCGCGCCUUCUUCACCGCACCCGUGGUCGUCUUCCACCUGAACAUCCUCUCCUACUUCGCCUUCCUCUGCCUGUUCGCCUAUGUGCUCAUGGUGGACUUCCAGCCCACGCCCUCCUGGUGUGAGUGUGCCAUCUACCUCUGGCUGUUCUCCUUGGUGUGCGAGGAGACGCGGCAGUUCUUCUAUGACCCUGAUGAGUACGGGCUGAUGAAGAAGGCAGCCUUGUACUUCAGUGACUUCUGGAAUAAGCUGGACGUCGGUGCAAUCUUGCUCUUCGUGGCAGGGCUGACCUGCAGGCUCAUCCCGGCGACGUUGUAUCCCGGGCGCGUCAUCCUCUCUCUGGACUUCAUCCUGUUCUGUCUCCGGCUCAUGCACAUUUUUACCGUCAGUAAGACGCUGGGGCCCAAGAUCAUCAUUGUGAAGCGGAUGAUGAAGGAUGUCUUCUUCUUCCUCUUCCUGCUGGCUGUGUGGGUGGUGUCCUUUGGGGUGGCCAAGCAGGCCAUCCUCAUCCACAACGAGCGCCGGGUGGACUGGCUGUUCCGAGGGGCCGUCUACCACUCCUACCUCACCAUCUUCGGGCAGAUCCCGGGCUACAUCGACGGCGUGAACUUCAACCCGGAGCACUGCAGCCCCAAUGGCACCGACCCCUACAAACCCAAGUGCCCCGAGAGUGACGUGACACAGCAGAGGCCCGCCUUCCCCGAGUGGCUGACGGUCCUCCUGCUCUGCCUCUACCUGCUCUUCACCAACAUCCUGCUGCUCAACCUCCUCAUCGCCAUGUUCAACUACACCUUCCAGCAGGUGCAGGAGCACACGGACCAGAUCUGGAAGUUCCAGCGUCAUGACCUGAUUGAGGAGUACCACAGCCGCCCCGCCGCACCACCCCCCUUCAUCCUCCUCAGCCACCUGCAGCUCUUCAUCAAGAGGGUGAUCCUGAAGACUCCGGCCAAGAGGCACAAGCAGCUCAAGAACAAACUGGAGAAGAACGAGGAGGCGGCCCUGCUCUCCUGGGAGAUCUACCUGAAGGAGAACUACCUGCAGAAUCAGCAGUUCCAGCAAAAGCAGAGGCCCGAGCAGAAGAUCGAGGACAUCAGCAAUAAGAACCCCAUGGGCCGGACGGGACUGCGUGGGCGGGGGAGCCUCAGCUGCUUUGGACCCAACCACACGCUGUACUCCAUGGUCACGCGGUGGAGGCGGAAUGAGGAUGGAGCCAUCUGCAGGAAGAGCAUAAAGAAGAUGCUGGAAGUGCUGGUGGUGAAGCUCCCUCUCUCUGAGCACUGGGCCCUGCCUGGGGGCUCCCGGGAGCCAGGGGAGACGCUGCCUCAGAAGCUGAAGCGGAUCCUCCGGCAGGAACACUGGCUGGCUUUUGAGAACUUGCUACCGCGCGGCACAGAGGUGUACAAAGGCUACAUGGACGACCCGAGGAACACGGACAAUGCCUGGAUCGAGACGGUGGCCAUCAGCAUCCACUUCCAGGACCAGAACGACGUGGAACUGAACAGGCUGAACUCUAACCUGCACGCCUGCGACUCGGGGGCCUCCAUCCGAUGGCAGGUGGUGGACAGGCGCAUCCCACUAUAUGCGAACCACAAGACCCUCCUCCAGAAGGUGGCAGCUGAAUUUGGGGCUCACUACUGACUGUCCACUCAGGCCAGGCAGCUGCAGUCCGUGGACGGUCCCCCCGGAAACCAGGGCUUCUCUCUCCCGAGCCUGUCCAGGCCUUAGGCUAAUCCUGGGCCCUGCCCAGGAUGGGGUUUGGUGGACCCACUGCCCCUCAUGACCGCCGCAAGAUACCACAGACGACCUCAUGAACUGGAUGGGGUCAGGGUGACCUGGGAGGAGAGCUCAAGACAGGGCACAGGCCACUCGGAGUUGAGGGGCCCUUGGGACCUGUGGCCAUCAGGUGAGGGGCUGGGCCUGUGCUGGGCCCUUGGCCAGAAUUCACUCCCUGCCUGGCUGUGUCACCCCAAGCAGCUCAUCCACCAUGGAGGUUACUGGCCUAAGGCAACUUCCCUGGAGAGUCGGGGUCCUCUGUGGCCCCCUCGGGCCUAUGCCUGUGAGGAAGGUGCCCUGCCACUCUGCCCAAGAGAGCCUCCAUGUUUCAAGGUGACUCAACACGGAUGCUUGCCUGGCCUGGGGGCACCGUAUGAACUCCUGGCUGUCAGGAUAAGCUCCGUGGGGGGACAGGAGCCCAGGCCUGUGAAGAGACACACAGGGCCCCUGCCAGGGUUAGCCCCAGGGACCCUGGGAGGAGGCUGCAGCAGCUCUCCCUCCCCACUACCUGGGAGCUACGUGCUGGCCACGCCCAGGAAGGAGGGACGGUGUGGGCAGGAGGUGGAGACCUCAUGGUCAGGGCCCUCAGGAUGGGGAAUGUGGUAAAACCCAAGAUGUUAAAUCAUCUGCCAUCUCAG